AUGCUUUUGGCACAACAAUCCGACUGUUUUGAGGCCGAAUGGGCACCCGCGUUGGAGAUUGUUCGAAAAUUGUUGGAACGUCAGGUGAGCCGGUUUUAUUCAUCUGUUCUGAGUUUUAGAAUGUCACCAAAACUGAAUGGCAAGACCUGUUCGCAAUAAAUAAUCGAAUUACAUCAUGGGUGCCAAACGGGUCUUCAUUGUUGUUGCGAGCUUUGGAAGAGGUCUUGCGGAAUCAUGUUGAAAACGCAGCGCAGGUAGGAAUGGGUUUUUUCUUGCUCUCCAAAGAGGUUGCUGGUUUGUUUACGGCUCAGUAGGUCUUAUUUUUAUUGUACUUGCUGAUCUGAUGGCCCUUUUCGAAAAUCUAUCGAAAGUGGAUGGUUUUCCUCAAAUUUUUAGACGGCUUUAUUAAAAUCGAGGAAGUGCAAGCUGGCAGAAAGUUGUUUUCAUCUUUCCGUCGACUUUUUCGACGUUCGAUGGCUCUUUGACCCUUAUCUUUGUUAUACUUGUCCAUUUUAAAAUUCUAUCGCAAUUUCGUCGAAAAUAAGCUAAAAUUCUGUCUUUCUUUUAGCGAAUCCAUCAAAACCAAUCGGAUGCGGAUCUCUUGAAGGCGUAUGUUCACGAAUGGUCAAACUAUUCCGUUCUGAUUAUCCAUCUUCCGACUCCGUUUGCGUUUAUCGAAAGAGGUGUGAUCCGGCCGGCGGUGGGGAUCGCCCGAGUGGAAGGCCGACAUGCAGAGACUCUAUUCACUGUCCGAAAUGUCAUGUACACCUUGUGGAACGAGACGGUUUUUGAGAGCAUCUAUCAGCGACUCCUUUCGGCGGCCAAUCAUUUGAUUUCCGAAGAGCGAAGUGGACAAUCGGCCGUAUCCAAGUCCGAGCUGGUGGUCGGAGUGCGUGAAGGCUUUGUCAAUGCGGGUCAUGGAGACUCUUGUUCGUUGUUGUUGUACAAAAAGUUCUUUGAGACACAAUACAUCACGUCGCUUCAGCAGUUUUACAAAGAACGUGCUAAUCAGGUAAGAAUUUUAGAAUUUGUUUUUCUUCUGGUUUUUAGGACUGAUGGAAAUGCCUCGAAGUUGAAAAUAGUUUGUCUACCUAUUAUUGUGGAUUCCCACGACAAAAUUUAUGGAACUCCAUUCCAUUUUCACUAUCAAAAUGGCUCGGAUAUUACCUUAGGCAAUCAAUUUUUUUUCAAAUGAAAUUUUCGGAGAGACCUGAGCUAAUUUUGUAAUUUCUGAUGCUUAUAACUGGUUUAUAGACUUAUCAUCGUUCAUAUUUAAGAAUUUUUUGAGCAAAUUUUAGUUCCUCUUUCGGACUCUUCAAAAACAUGAUUUUAGGUCCUAAAAGAUGGUGGAAUCCUAAAUUAUAUGGCGUAUGCCUUUGAGAAAGUCCAAGAGGAGGAAGAUCGCGCUAAGAAAUAUCUGGAUCCAUCUUCGUACGAACGGUUGGUCGAGGCUUCUGUCAAAAUUUUGGUGGUCGACUAUCUGGAAGGAUUACUGGCUGAAGGAGCUUCGUUGAUCCAGAAAAAUGAUGUGGAAAGUAUGUUAUAUUUAGAUUGUACUUGUUUUUUUAGAUCUAAAACGAAGAAUUUUUUGUAGGAUUUAUAUUGUACUUGUUUUAGGACUUCGGAUGUUGUAUGGGCUUGUGACAAAGACCGAAAAUGGAGUGAAACCGCUGCUAAAUACACUGGCCGAUCAUAUAAAGAGCGAAGGACUCAAGACUAUGAAGGAGAAUGCCGCGACGGUUGUCAAUGUGAGUUAUUUUGACUUUUUUGUUGUUGUUUUAGGUCUAAGAAGCAACAUCGAAGUUCGAAAGAAUAAUGCGUGGCUUUCAGGACUCGGAAAAGUAUGUUGAACAGCUACUGGGCAUGUACGAGCGAUUUUCCAAGCUGGUACGUGAAGCUUUUUGCGACGACUCCCGGUUCUUGACGGUCAGAGACAAAUCCUUCCAAGAUGUGAUCAAUAACACCGAAGUUUUCAAAUUGGAACUGGUCGUUAGCAAACAGAGAGGAGGACGAUUGCCCCCUGAAUCGAAAUGCCCGGAACUUUUGGCCAAUUACUGCGAUUUGUUGUUGAGAAAAUCGGCGCUGACCAAAAAAUUGUCAUCCGAAGAAAUUGAUGAAAGACUGAACAAAGUGGUGAGUUCGGAAAAAAAUUUUUGCUUGUUUGACUGUUAUAUGGUGUAACGGGUUGUAAAAUUUCAGUUAUUGCUCCUAAAAUACGUUAGUAACAAGGAUGUUUUCAUGCGGUACCAUAAGAACCAUCUGAGCCGAAGGUUAAUAUUGGAGUUGACUGCAGAUCAGGAAAAGGAAGAGAACUUGGUGAAAAUGUUUAGAGUGAGUUUUUGGGAUGUAACAGGGAACUGGGACGGUUGGGGCCAAAACAGAGACAUUUAAAAAACAAAAAAAUGUUUUUUAGGUAACAAAAACUUCAAAACGGCAAAUUUUGAGCUUUUUUCCCUCUCAAAUCAACCCUGUUUCGCGGAGUUGGACGAUUGGGGAAACCGAAAAGUAUUGUUUUUCUUCGAUGCAAGUGUCGAAAUUAGGAUAAUCGAGGGUGCUGAUUUUGAAAAUGACAUUUGUUUUUUUUGAUCUUUACUUUUUUUCUUACGUAGUACUGUAAAGUAAAAUUUUUUUGAAUUUUUUCAUGAAUACUCGACUUAUUGGUUUUCGAUGGUGCUGCUUUCAAAUCAGAAAAAUGAAUAAGAUUUUUGAAAUCAGAACCAUCGAAAAAUCCGAAAUCGAGUAUUUGUGGAAAAAAAUCAAAAAAUUACUACUUUACAGUACUACGUAAGAAAAAAGUAAAGAUCAAAAAAAAAACGAAUGUCAUUUUCAAAAUCAGCACCCUCGAUUAUCGUAACUUCGGCACUUGAAUCGAAGAAAAAUAAUGCUUUUCGGUUUCCCCAAUCGUCCCUUCCCUAAUCGUCCAACUCCGCGAAACAGGGUUGAUUCGAGAAGGGAAAAAGCUCAAAAUUUUCCGUUUCGAAGUUUUUGUUACCUAAAAAAAUAUUUUUUUGUUUUUUUAAAGUCUCUGCUUUGGCAUUUUCUUCAUUUUUAUCACGAUUUAUUGAUCGUUUCCCAAAUUCCAGGACAAUGGAAUGCCCACCGACUACGUGAAUCGCCUCUACCGGAUGCUGCAGGACAUUGAAGUGAACAAAGAUCUCUCCACCGCGUUCAAGAAGUCGAUCGGAGCGAAUAACAACAUCCGCAAUACAGCUGAAAACAUCAAUCUCAAGAUUUUGAAUGCCGGAGCUUGGAGUCGAGGCCGCGAAAAGGCGCAUAUCACAUUGCCGAGGGAGAUCGAAGAAAUAAUCCCCGAAAUUGAAGACUUUUACAAGAAAAAACAUGUGGGAAGAAAGCUGAAUUGGGCGCAUUCCUGGUCCACCGGAGUGAUUGGGUUCCAAAAUGAAGCCGGAAAAUACGAUUUGGAGGUCUCGACCCAUCAAAUGGCCGUUUUAUUCAUCUGGAAUGACCGGCCGAAGGAGAAAUUGUCGUUCGAAACGAUCAGAUUGGCGACGGAAUUGAGUGAUACGGACCUGAGAAGGACUCUGGGGGUGAGUGGGGGGUAAAAAUGAAAAAUUUAUCGGGAUUUUUUGGUCAAAAAUUAAAAAAAUUCUGGUCAAAAAUAAAAAAUUUUUUUUGGGAAAAAAUUAAAAAAAUUUUUGGCAAAAAAUAAAAAAUUUUUUUAUCAAAAAUAAAAAAUUUUUUAGGUCUAAAAUUAAAGUUUUUUUGGUCAAAAAUUAGAAAAUUUUUUUUCAGAGUCUCCUCCAGAACCCCAAAGUCAAAGUGCAGGUGAUGCAGACGGAUUGCAGCCCGCCCAACCCCAAAGAUUUCACGGAUUCGACCUUGUUCUGGAUCAAUCAACAGUUUGCGGUGGUAAAAAAUGACAAACCUCAGCCGAGAGGACGAAUCAACCUGGUCAACCGCCUUGUUGUGGCCGCUGAGAACGUAACAGAGGAGGAGCAUGAGGAUAUCAUCCGAUUGAGGGAGUUCCGCACUCAAGAAGCCAUCAUCAAGAUCCUGAAAACGCACCGCUCCAUGAAUCAGCUGGACUUGCAGAAUCGGCUGAUCGAAAUGCUCAGAAAUAUGUUCGCGCCGUCGAGGAAGAUGAUAAAAGAGCAACUGGAAUGGCUGAUCGAACAACAAUUUAUAGGCAGGGAUCCUAAUGAUAUCACGAAAUUCAAUUAUUUGGCCUAA